CCUCAUCAUGUCUACCCGCGAGCGCGCUGCUUUCCAGGCUGAGGUGGCCGAAGUUGAGCAGUGGUUCAAGAACCCGCGCUUUGCACGCACCAAGCGCUCCUACACCGCUGCUCAGGUUGUCUCGAAGAGAGGUACCAUCCCUAUCAAGUACCCUUCAGACAUCCAGGGCAAGAAACUCUUCAAGCUCCUCAGCGAACACGCCAAGAAUGGCACGCCCUCCCACACUUACGGCGCUUUGGACCCCGUUCAGGUCACUCAGAUGGCCAAAUAUCUCGAGACCGUCUAUGUCUCUGGUUGGCAGUCCUCUAGCACGGCCUCUAGCACCAAUGAACCGGGCCCGGAUCUUGCUGACUACCCCUCGAACACCGUCCCCAACAAGGUUGAGCAUCUUUUCAUGGCGCAGCUCUUCCACGACCGCAAGCAGCGCGAGGCCCGCUCUAACCUGUCGGAGGCUGAGCUUGCUUCCACCCCCUAUAUCGACUACCUCCGCCCGCUCGUUGCUGACGCUGACACCGGUCACGGAGGCAUCACUGCCAUCAUGAAACUUGCAAAAAUGUUCGUCGAGAAGGGUGCUGCUGGUAUUCACGUCGAGGACCAGGCUCCCGGCACCAAGAAGUGUGGCCACAUGGCUGGCAAAGUGCUUGUUCCCAUCUCCGAGCAAAUCAACCGUCUGAUUGCCAUUCGCCUUCAAUUCGACAUCAUGGGCGUCGAGAACCUCAUCAUCUCCCGUACGGACUCGGAAGCCGCCACCCUCAUCACCACUAACAUCGACGAACGUGACCACCCCUUCAUCCUUGGAGCCACGAAUGCUUCCCUCCCCUCCCUUGUCGGCGCCAUGACCGAUGCCGAAAACGCUGGCAAGUCUGGCGACGAGCUCCAGGCUGUCGAGGACGCCUGGACUGCCUCCGCCAACCUUGAGCUGUUCUCCACCACCCUCGCACGUGCAUUGAGUGCCCAGGGUUCCAACAAAGCUACUGUCGACCGGUUCGUCUCACGGGUAAUUCGCUCCUCGUACCCCGCCGCUGUCGAGAUUGCCCAGAAGGAGUUCGGUCUCAAGAGCAUUCCCUACUGGAACUGGGACGUUCCUCGUACUCGCGAGGGGUUCUACCGUUACCAGGGCGGCACUCAGUGUGCCAUCCGCCGCUCGAUCGAGUACGCGCCCUACGCCGACGCGCUCUGGAUGGAGACCAAGAAACCCAUUCUAUCGCAGGCCCAGGAGUUUGCCCAUGGUGUGCACGCUGAGCGGCCCGGACACUGGCUGGCAUACAACCUUAGCCCGUCGUUCAACUGGGAGGCUGCUGGAUUGACGGGUAACGACAUGAAGGGCUUCGUCUGGGAGCUCGGCAAGCUCGGCUUUGUUUGGCAAUUCAUCACUCUCGGUGGUCUCCACUCGAAUGCAUACAUCAGCGACUUGUUCGCUAGGAACUACGCGAAGGAGGGCAUGAAGGCUUACGUUGAGAUCGUUCAGAGCAAGGAGCGCGAGAUUGGUUGCGAUGUUCUCACUCACCAGAAGUGGAGCGGCGCCGACUACGCCGACAACCUCCUCAAGACCGUGACUGGUGGUGUGUCCUCGACUGCGGCUAUGGGUGCCGGUGUCACGGAGGAUCAGUUCAAGUCGAAGCUGUAAAUAAACCUGUUAGAUUGUUGGGUUCUAUACUGCGGAUGACUUAGGCCUCUUUUAUGUAUUAUCUUGCAUCUUCACUAGCAUCUUUCUACUGUUGUAGAUUACAUCAAAUGCAUUUCCUGGAUAUUCC